ACACAUUUGCAACAACCCCAAAAAUAUGGGACAAACUUUUGGAAAAGAGGAAAAUAAGGAUCUGGAACCUAUCAUUGAGAAAUGCUACGAUCAAUAUUUCGCGGACCCUAACAAGAAAUGGAACUCGGCAGAAUUUUAUCAUGCAGUCUGUGAGACGGUUGAAGAAAUGAACAAAUUGAUUGGUUGCACCCAAUUUCGUGUACCAAAGACUUCUACCCUUGAACAAGCAUACCAUAAUCACCACAAAGGAAAAGAGAAGUCAUUGAGCAAGGAAGAGUUUAAGAGGAUUUUGCAGGACAUAAUCCUUGAUUCCGGAGUUACCGGGCAAGGAAUCAAAGACAUAUUCCUCUUCAUCUUCGGAAUCCCGGUCGUAACAACGUUUAUCAAGCAACGGGCAGCCCCGAAUGCCGUUCCCAACGACAUUUUCAUUCCAGCUGUUACAUCCGCCUCUGUAUUCCUUCUCGCCAAACUUAACAAGUUAUGAUCCAAAAAUCAUAACAAAAUGUAUCUUUAUGUCGAUAUCUGUAACGGUUUAAGUUCGUUGUUAUCGAAGAAAUUCAUUUCAUGCGAGAAAUUAGUUUGUUGUAUCAUAGUACGCUGACAUUGUGUUUUCGAAACUCUUUCAAGG